GCCACUACGCCGUAGAGAGGUUACCGAGGCUCAUUCUGUUGUUUAUUAAAUAAAAAUGGAUUCAUGGAGGAAUUUCUACCUGUGUUUAUUCUCCAUGAUAACCAUUUCUUACGGUAAAGAUAUUGUUUACUAUGUAGCUAUUGAGGAGAUCGACUGGACAUACAAACAGACCGACCAAAGUGAGUCUGUCUUUAGAAAAGCAGUUUUUCGUGAAUAUAAGGACCACACCUUCACGGCCAGAAAACCUGUGACGUCACAGCAAGGACUUCUUGGACCCGUAAUCCGGGCAACUGUAGGGGAUACACUGAGGAUACAAGUCAAGAACAAUGCCAAACGUCCCUACUCUUUCUACACGGACAAUCUCAACACAAAAAAGAACGAAUCAGGUGCGGCCUACUUGGGGAGUCCUGUGUACCCGGGAUCUACUCUGACCUACGUUUACACCGUCACAGACGCCAAUGUACCCCCAGCAUUGUCCAUGGAGCAGUGUAUGACGUCACUGUAUUAUUCUGACGUUAACCUGAUUAGAGACACCAAUACUGGCUUGGUGGGAAUGAUUGUUGUGUGUAAAUCUGAUGUACUACCCGAUAUUAGAGAGAUAUUUCUCCAUUAUGGAACAAUAUACGAGACAGAAAGUUGGUACAACAAUACGAACGGUACCGAUAGCCUUCAACAUACAGCAUUCUCAACCAUUAAUGGCUAUACACACGGUAAUCUGCCUGAUAUAGAGGUUUGCAUCAACAGAAAAGUUCGUCUGUAUAUGACGUCAUUAGGUGGGCAAAACGACAUACACACUGUAGUUCUGUAUGGACAUCAGUUUGAAAUUAGAAAUCAAAGAAUCGAUGCUUUGAGUUUGUACCCUGGAGCUUCAAUCAUAGCAGAGUUUCUGACGUUAGAAGAGGGGGUUUGGCUUUUGACAACACAACAUAAAUCAGACAACCUUUAUGCCAGACUACGAGUAUCUGCAUGCACUAACUCUCGCCCAGCACAAAAACUUUCUGGCAACAUCCGGAAAUACUACAUAGCUGCCGAAAGAGCACAGCUCUCCAACGGAAGCGCGGCUGGACCUGUCGUUUUUCAAGAGUACACAAACAGCAGAUUUAAUAUCAGGAAAGAAAGUAACCACACUACAAAUGGAAAACUGGGUCCAACAAUCUACGCCGAAACGAGAGAUCUGUUGAAAGUGGUGUUUUACAAUCGAGCAGAUGGGGACCUGUCAUUGAAUCCCCACGGACUGAGAGUCGGGAAGGUCUACGAGGGGGUGUUCUACGAUGACAAUUCUAGAUCAGUAGGAAAGAAGGCAGUUCCUGCGAACAGUCUGAAGACGUACUAUUGGAGUGUACCAGAAGACGUAUCCCCCGCGCUCUAUGAUGACCCUUGCCUAGUGCGCCAUUACACUUCUGGUCUUGGUCAUAACAAGGAAACCUUCUUGUUUGGUCCUGUCAAAAUCUGCGAAGAGGGCUAUCUGCCACCAGAAACAGAGAGAGAAAUUUUCAUGGUGUACAAAGAUGAAAAGAUAAAUGGUUUACCAACCGGCGUUUUUCCUUCUAUGUCUGUAUGUCUGAAAGAAGACUUGACUUUCCAUCUGAUGUCGUUUGGCACAUCGGACCCUCAGAGUUUUGUUGUGGGAGGAGGUAUCAUAAAGCAGAGAGGUCACGUUCUAAAUGUGAUGGAGGCUAGAGAAAAUUCCAUAGCAACGUACACAAUUACCAUGGUGAAAACAGGAAACUGGUCCGUAAGAAGUUUUAACAGUGGUAAUACUUCUGUGACACUAUCUGUUAAUGACUGUGGGGCCUCGGUGGGGUUUGUCUAUAGUAGCAAAGAUUCUACACAUAACAUUGGGAUCAAAGAAGACUUUUGGGAGUAUUCACAACUCUCAGACUGGACAAGCAAAUCUCCAGGUUACCAAAUGGGACCACGAUUUAAGAAGGUGAUGUUUGCUGAAUACUUCAGCCUCUUAUUUUACUUUGAAAAAAGUCCGCCAGACUCGAGAGACAAAACUUUGUAUGGUCCACAGCUCUCAGCCAAUGUUGGUGACAGAAUCAAAAUAGAAAUGAAAAACAUGGGAAAGCGCAAUUACUCACUUUAUGUUGAUGGGCUCAGUGACUCUGCCGAGGAAGACAUCAGAGAUGAGGAAUCAUCUAAAAUCACCUGGAAUAUUACAGAAUCCAUAGGGCCAGGAAGUGCAGACCCACCCUGUAUCCUGAAGCCAUAUUACUCCAAAACCAAUACACGAGACAUCCCUUCUGGGUUAUUUGGUCCCCUUGUGAUCUGUUCCCCCUCUGUAUCCCCCGAGACGGUGGAAUCUACUAGGCAGCAGAAGGUAUUUAUGGUGGGCAGUGUUGACGAAACACAGAGCUGGUACUUUGAGGAGAAUCUUAAGGAUUACGCAGGAAUUGUCAACACAUCACACCCACGGUUUACUGAAGUCAAUGCUAUCAGAGUUGUGAAUGGAUACUCUGACGGAACCAUAAAAAACAUGACAAUACCCACAGGGGAUGAUGUGUAUUUCCAUUUCCUCAACAUUGGGAAGCACCUUGUAACCAUUCAUUUGUAUGGUGUGAACAUAGGGGACUCAAACCAGGAGGGGAUUGGACGGAGUACUAUCACCCUGUACCCCUGGGCAUCGAAGUCCUUCAUGACACGAUUUGAGACCCCUGGGAGUUUCCUGUAUGAGGAACUACUAACAGAAAGAUACACAACAAGGAUCUUAGGCUACUAUACAGUUGUCGCUGAGGCCAAGACAACUGAAUAGAGAAAUGCAACUUUUGUGUCAAAAAGCUCCAAUAUUUUUAAUGAAAGAGUUUUGGCUAAGCUCUGGCAGCCAAAUCAGUACCUUAGUACACUCAAUUUCUAUUAAUCAAUGCAUAUAAUAAUUUGUAAUUAGGAAAAAAAAUAGGACUUGGAUACUAUGUUUACUAUUGAUGUCUUACUGCAAACAAGCACAGUCUUAUACUGUAGUGUACUACAAUAAAUUAUUAUUUUUGCAACAAAUUCUGAGUGCAAAAGCAGUACCUAUCUGUUUAUCAAACAAGAUACUGUCUAAUAUUCUUAAAUAACAAUAAAGCAACAACAAUUUUUUUAAAAAAAA